AUGACCCUGUGACACACUGAUUGUGGAAGUAAAUCAGCCGCGACAUCAGAAGGCUGUGUUUUUGUAAAAUUUCCAGAAUACUCGUGAACAGAGCAAGACCGGGCGCCUUAAGUCGCUGAAUUCCUCCUGUAGAGCCAAAAUGACAGCGGCGGUGUUUUUUGGUUGCACCUUUAUCGCUUUCGGCCCAGCCAUCGCGCUGUUCCUGUUUACCAUUGCCCGGGAGCCGCUGAGAGUCAUUUUCCUCAUAGCAGGGGCAUUUUUCUGGCUGGUGUCCCUGCUGCUGUCCUCCUUGGUGUGGUUCAUCUCGGUUCAGAUCAGCAAUAAGGAGAGCGCAGCUCAGCAGAAAGGCCUGCUCAUCUUUGGCGUGGUGCUGUCCGUUCUCCUGCAGGAAACCUUCCGCUUCGCUUACUACAAGCUGCUGAAGAAAGCGAAUGAAGGCCUGCUCACUCUCAGCCAGGAGGAGACCAUGCCCAUCUCCAUCCGGCAGCUGGCCUAUGUGUCUGGUCUUGGCUUCGGCUUCAUGAGUGGAGCCUUCUCUGUGGUGAACAUCCUGGCUGACUCAGCAGGGCCGGGGACUGUGGGGAUCCACGGAGACUCGCAGCACUACUUCCUGUCCUCAGCCUUUAUGACCAUGGCCAUCAUCCUGCUUCACAUGUUCUGGGGCGUUGUCUUCUUUGAUGCCUGCGAGAAGCAGCGCUGGUGGGCAGUGGGAGCCGUUGUCAUCAGUCACCUUGUAGUGUCCUGCCUGACCUUCCAGAACCCCGAGUACGUUGCCAGCCUCGUUCCCACCUACGUCAUCCUGCUCCUAAUGGGCGUCUGGGCGUUCUACUCUGCCGGCGGCUCGCUCAGGAACCUCAAACUCUGCCUCACCUGCAAAGACAAGGACUUCCUGCUCGCCAACCACAGGCCCAGAUAACGCAGCAGGCCUAGCAGCGUGCAGGACUCUUUAUCCAAAGAUCAGAGAUCUCGCAUACACAAAUUGGACGCAGUGAUGAAAGAGUGUUAACCCUGUUAAAUCUGCUGUUUCACCUGAGACGUAUUUCAUCAUCUUGAGCCUAAAAAGGACGAGAGGUUUUGUGGGAACAAAGAUGGCAGAUUAUUUUGAUUCCAAUCCAGUCUGGAAAAAAAAAUAUGACCUAUCCAUUUGGCUGACUGUGUGCCCUUUUUGUGAUCUGCACUGAAAGAAAAAACAAACCCACAGAAGAUACUUUAGGCUGAUGACUUAAAGUGGCGGCAUUCUUUACAUCGAAAUGUUUAGAAUUUUUCUGACACCUGCCUUCUAUCAGAUGCUUCAAAUCUUUCCUAGUGUUGUUUUAUUGUUUAUAAAGAAAAUGUGUAUAAUGAUGCAUUUUGAAAUUCCCCAAUGUGUGUAUAUAGAUUAAAACCUUUUUUUCAAGGUG